AUGGCAGCAGCAGCAGCAGCAGCAACAACAACAACAACAGCGACAAUUUGGGAGACAACAUCAAUAAGAUCAAUUCCUGUUAUAGGUGGACCACAAUCAGCAUUUGCUCGUCUUUUUCCUGAAAAAUAUCGACAACAAGAAGAACUUCUUAAAAAACAACGUUCACAAUCAAGUGAUAAUCAACGUUUAACUAAUGAACAAAUUAUAACAACUGAAAAUAAAACAAAUGAUGAUGAUGAUAAUAAACAAAAAUUACGAAGAUCUCGUCGAGUUCGAUUUCAUAUAAAUGAUAAUGAUAAUUUUCAAAAUCGUACUAAAUCUGAACCAUAUCUUAAUCAAAUUCAUUUAUCAUCAAAUUAUUUAAAACAUAAUAUUAAUUAUAAUAUUGAUAAACCUGAAACAAUCUAUUGUAAUAAUUCAAAUGAUAUUACUUAUACUCAAAAAAUAGGUAUUCGAUAUUUAAGACCACCUACACCACCUUCACCUGAACCUCUUGUUUUUCAUGAAAUACAGUCAACACCACCUAAUGAACCAUCACCAAUUGUUAUUUCAAUAACACCACCUAUUCCACCUCGUACACCAUCACCAUUAAUUGUUCGUGAACAACCACCAACACCACCAGAAUAUCAACCAGCAGAAAUUAUUACAAAAACAUUAUCACCAUCUCCAAUAAUACCACGUCGUGUUAUUAUUAAACGUCUACCACCUUUACCAGCUAAACCACGUCCAGUAAUUAUUGAAAAAUGGUUACCAUAUAAAACAACAAAAGAACGUCGUGUUUUAUUUCAACGAACUGAACAAAUUCGACCUAUUCAACGUAAUCUUAUUCUACAAUAUGAAUCACCUCGUAUUAAAAUUCAACAAGAAAUUCAAAAUUUUGGUUGUUUUCGUGUUGAUCCAAAAAUUUAUCAAGAACAACAUGGUUCAUCACUUCGACGUACAGAAAGUAUUCGAAAAGUUUUAGAAAAUAUUGGAUGUAAUGUUGAUUUAUUAACAUCAACAGGAUAUAAUACUUGUUAUUCUUCAACAAUAAAUCAAAUUAAUAAUUUAUCACAUUAUGAUUAUCCACGACAAACAACAACAACAACUCAUUUUACUAAUGAACAAUUAGAUUCAUUAAUUGGUUCAUCAAUUCCAACAACAACAACAACUACAGAACAUCAUUAUGAUGUACCAAGAAUAUAUAAUGAUGAUGAAACAUAA